AAAAAAAAGAAAAAAAAGAAAUACAAUAGGGUGUUUUUCUCUCCAAUUUAUAAAAUAUCAAGACUGGUAUACUCUAUCAGAAACCAAAGGGUUGUCUCGUUUGAACCUUGAACAGAAAUGCUCCCAUCAUUUCCCACCUCAGUUUUUGUUUUUGUUUUUGUUCUAGUCCUAGUUACUUUCAUGCCUUAUCUACAAUCCCAGGUACUCUCUGCCCUCUGGGGCUUAGAAACAUGGGGAUUUUGUAAGAACAAAGGCUUAGGAUCAAUUCACCAGGCAUAAUUCUUAAGUGUUACACGUGUAUAUCUCUUGGAAUUUGAAUGAGCACAAAGAAGAUGGCUUAGAACAAUGUAGUAGCCUAACCUUUUAACUAAAUUAGCUCCCUGGAAAUGCCAGUGUCACAGGAAUCAGAUUCCAUUUUCUCAGUAACCGACUAGAGGUUGAUAAGACUUGCCAUCCUGCUCUUGUAGGUCCAUUUUCAUCUGGAACUAUAAUACAGCUGCAGAUCUUUCCUGAAACAAGUAGUUAGAACGCCUAUAAAUCUUGUUCUACUAGCUGUGCACAUGGGAUUUCUUCUUGCUGGUAACAACUUUCACAUGGUAGCUGUAAGUCACAGAGGAGAGGGUGAAAUCACAGAAAGUAGCUCUGAAGUUGGGAAUUCUUACGCACCAGGUCCCAUACCUCCACAAAGCCUUCUCUCUUCUUCCACUCCCCACCCCCAUUUACUAGGUUCGAAGAUGAUGUCAUAUUUUGAAGUUAGUCGUGAUGUGUGUUGUGUAUUAAGGCAGAAAUGAUGGAUGCCUUAAUAAAUCAACCCUUCAUUAGAGUUGUAAGGGGGUGUGCUUAUUUCGGCUCUUGUUAUAUAGCAAGGCUGUGAGCAUUGCCAUAUGACCCGCUUUUUAAAUACUUCAAGGGUCUGGCCAGACUUCUUUGGCACAAGGAUCUUUGCCAGGUACCUUUCCCUGACGAGUCUAAUUCUGAGGAGACCAGGUGGAACUCAACUGGUUAGUAUUUGCUCAUACUUCUGUUAGGGAUAUGGUGAACUGCUGCCCAUGAGACAUUAACCUUGUCCACUUCAAUUUUCUUGUUUGAAAAUGGGGUUGUAGUCCUUUCUGCCCUUUAAUUAGAUCUGAAUCGGGUGGCAAAAAUCAGUUACUUGAAGUAUUUGAGCUUUGGCACAUUAAGUGUGGCUGUUUAAAUCACUUAUAGGUCAGAAUAAAUAUUUACCUAGAAUUGGUCUUAUUUCUGGCUGAGUUGUUAAGAGAAUGAUGUUAUAGAGUUAUCAUCUGCCUGGGAAGAAAGUUCCUCGCAGGUCACUGAGCCCUGAGAUGCUCAGCUAAUCAAGGGUUGUAUUUGUGGCUGUUUGCAAACCCUUUUACAGUAUAUCAUCCCAUUGAAAUAACCUUUUUCCUUCCUUUUGACUGUCACUGCAUCGUGAACCAACAACUACUAUCCCCAUUUUCUCCAGGACAUGAGAAACCUGAGGUUUGCAUUGAAACAGGAAGGCCACAGCAGAAGAGACAUGUUUGAGAUCCUCACAAGAUAUGCCUUUCCUCUGGCACACAGUCUGCCAUUAUUUGCCUUUUUAAAUGAAGAAAAGUUUAAUGUGGAUGGAUGGAUGGUUUAUAAUCCAGUUGAAGAAUACAGAAGGCAGGGCUUGCCCAAUCACCAUUGGAGAAUAACCUUUAUUAAUAAGUGCUACGAACUAUGUGACACUUAUCCUGCUCUUUUGGUGGUUCCAUAUCGUGCCUCAGAUGAUGAUCUCAGGAGAGUGGCAACUUUUAGAUCCCGAAAUCGAAUUCCAGUGCUGUCAUGGAUUCAUCCAGAAAACAAGACGGUCAUUGUGCGUUGCAGUCAGCCUCUUGUCGGUAUGAGUGGUAAAAGAAAUAAAGAUGAUGAGAAAUAUCUUGAUGUUAUCAGGGAGACUAAUAGACAAAUUUCUAAACUCACGAUCUAUGAUGCAAGGCCCAAUGUAAAUGCAGUGGCCAACAAGGCAACAGGAGGAGGAUACGAAAGUGAUGAUGCAUAUCAUAAUGCUGAACUUUUCUUCUUGGACAUUCAUAAUAUUCAUGUUAUGCGGGAAUCUUUAAAAAAAGUAAAAGACAUCGUUUAUCCUAACGUAGAAGAAUCUCACUGGUUGUCAAGUUUGGAGUCUACUCAUUGGUUAGAACAUAUCAAGCUUGUUUUGACAGGAGCCAUUCAAGUUGCAGACAAAGUGUCUUCUGGGAAGAGCUCGGUGGUGGUGCACUGCAGCGAUGGGUGGGACAGGACUGCCCAGCUCACGUCCCUGGCCAUGCUGAUGCUGGACAGCUUCUAUCGGAGCCUGGAAGGUUUUGAAAUAUUGGUACAAAAAGAAUGGGUCAGUUUUGGACAUAAAUUUGCAUCUAGAAUAGGUCACGGCGAUAAAAAUCAUGCUGAUGCUGACCGAUCUCCUAUUUUCCUCCAGUUCAUUGAUUGUGUGUGGCAAAUGUCAAAACAGUUCCCUACAGCUUUUGAAUUCAAUGAACAAUUUUUGAUAAUGAUUUUGGAUCACCUGUAUACUUGCCGGUUUGGUACGUUCUUAUACAACUGCGAAUCUGUUCGAGAAAGACAGAAAGUUACAGAAAGAACUGUUUCUUUAUGGUCCCUGAUAAACAGUAAUAAAGAAAAAUAUAAAAAUCCCUUCUAUACUAAAGAAAUCAAUCGAGUUUUAUAUCCAGUUGCCAGUAUGCGUCACUUGGAACUUUGGGUCAAUUACUACAUUAGAUGGAACCCCAGAAUCAAGCAGCAACAGCCGAAUCCAGUGGAGCAGCGCUACAUGGAGCUCUUAGCUUUGCGUGACGAAUAUAUCAAGCGGCUAGAGGAAUUGCAGAUCGCCAACUCCGCCAAGAUUUCUGAUCCCCCGACCUCACCUUCAAGUCCUUCCCAAAUGAUGCCCCAUGUGCAGACUCACUUCUGAGAGGAAACCCUCACGCUGAGUUAGAUCUCUGAAUAAAGGAAAUAUUUGACUUUCAUUUUGUGCUCCUGUACAAAGUAGAUUAAAACAUUUGUCUCCAUGUAGAACUUGAACUAACAUAAUCUUAAACUCUUGAAUAUGUGCCUUCUAUAAUACAUAUUGCGAGAAAAAUACAGUGUCCACACAGCAAUCAGAAGAAAGCCAAGACGAUGUUUUGGAAAAUCCUGACACCAUUAAAAAGCAUAAAACUUAAUUUGCCUUUUUAGAAGUACUAUGCCUACAGUAUGCAUGUUGUGGGUUUAAUUGAAACAGUAUUUUAAAUUAAAAGGGAAAGACAUUUGUGAAGUGGAUUUUCCCCAAGCUGUUUAUAAUUGUUGCUUUGAACUACCUAAAAUGAAUACAAAUGUGAAAGAUACGUUACUGCCAAGCCAAAUUGAGCUCAGCUUCCUAAGCAUUAUGCAAAAGCAAUGUGUUGAAAUAAUUGCCAAAUUUCAUACCAUCAUAUGUGGUGAUUUAAUAAAGGAGAGAUAGCUGUGUAGGUGGGUUUUGCGUUGUUUUGAAAUUUUGGAGUACACAGUGUUUCCCCCGAACCUUCAAGAGAAGCAUAUUUUUAUAUUAAAAAAAUUGAUGGGGCCCAGUUAACUAUGAUUUGAUUUUUUUAAACUUCGUCAGUUCUAUUUUCUAAUUCUUUGGUGAGCUUGCCCAAAAUUCAGUCAUUGGCAAGUUGUGGCACACCCCUUCGAUGGCACUGGCGACAGAUGGCACAUUAUGCAUGAAAGUUUUCGCAAACGUUGCUCUAGUCAAACCAGCUUAUCUACCAAAGUAGCCUUAACCAUCUUGGAUGUGUGAGCUGUUGCUAGAGCGUCAUUCUUUGGAGUAAAUGCCCCAGAUGUACAUUUGUUGAGCGUAUUCUUUGAAGUAUUAUGUUUAAUGUAUUUCAAUUGAAAUGGUGUUGGGCACCCCUUUCCCCAAGUGUGCAAAAGAAAAAAAAAAACUGGUUCUACAAAUUUUUACUUGAAGUACUGGGCAGUUUGCUUUUUCAGGUGUUUUGUUUUUAUUUUAUUUUGUUUUGUUUUUAGUAUUAAAUGAAGUUUUAAAUGCAGAGUUCUAUUUGGUAUCUGAACUAACUCAUUUAGUAAAUAUAUUUGUAAAAGUUAAGGCUAGAGUUAAAAACAAUGUGUUUUACAAUGCUUUGUAAAGAACUAUUUAUAGCUAAUAUGGUUUUGUUUUCAAUGACUUAAGAGAGAUUAAAUAUAUCUUUGUAAAUUAUUUUAUGUCAUAGCUUAAUUGGUUUACCAAAUAAGACAUCUCAAAUAUAGUAGUAUAAUGUAUGAAUUUUGUAAGUAUAAGAAACUUUAUUAGACAUUCUCUUGCUUUUUGUAAACACUGUAAAUAUUUCAUAAAUUAACAAAUUGUCACUCCAUGAAAAGAAAAAUAGCUAAUACUAAUAGCUUAAAAGACUUUGUGAAAUUUCAUGAAAAAAUUUUCAUGGCAAUAAUGACUAAAGACCUGCUGUAAUAAAUAUAUUAACUAAAACCUAGCACUCUAUUUUCAGGGAUAUGACUGCGUGUGUGUGUUUUAAAUGAGCAUGAAGCCCAUCUUAUUUUCUUCUCUUGGAUAGACUUCAUUUGCGUUUUACUCUAUCUUACUAGCAAUCUGAUU